AUGUCCAUCCCCAGAGACUACGCGUCUCCUGCGCUCUCUCUCUCGCUGGUAAGUCCUCCCGUCCGGCGAUCCUUUUACACUUUGAUAGUUCAUCACGUAGCUCUGCUGCCCUCUUAGGCUGGAGUCUACCGGAACGCGGUGAGGGUGGAGGAGGAAGUGGAGGAAGGAGACGAGGAGAGCGGCGGUGGCGGCGGCGUGUACAGAGGCGACACCGUCGAAGUCAGCAGCGAGAACACAGGCACCGGCCGAUCGGAGGAGGACGGAGACGAGGAGGGUCCCCUUGAAGAUGACGGAGAUAUCAGCAGGUCCAAGAACAAGAAGCGGAAGAAGUACCAUCGACACACCACAGAUCAGAUCAAGGAAAUGGAAGCGUAAGUGAUUCCCGCUUCCUCUCUCCAGAAGCGCAAGCAAACCCUAAUCUCCAUGGAACCCUGGAUGAAGAAGCAGAUAUUCCCCCGAACCGCAUCAGCGGGCUUUACCCAUUGACCGGGCUCCGCCGAUGAGAAGCUUCUCGUGCAGCGGGUUGUGGGUAAUUACUCAUCCGAGGGCUUACAGGCCUCCUGCGGGUCAGGCGAUGUGACCCAUGAAGACCUCGGGCUAGGAGAUACGGCCCAUGACGUCCUCGGGCAGGACACAGCCCGGCCCGGAGGACACCCAACCUCUUCGUCUUCCUUUGCGCUUAAGACAUCAGAGUGUCUGCGUCGAGGAGUCACGCAGUAAACGUGCAGGUGUCUUAAGCGCAAAGCAAAUCCUAGCCCCACGGCCACGCCCACAGCAUGAACUGUCAUUGUCCCUGUCGAUGAAAGGGAUUAUCUUCUAGGUCCUUAGAUUUUUCGUAUCUGAAACCACGUGAAUCAUUAAUCCCAUGCGCGGUUUCUAACAACGAACGAUGAGCAACUGCUCAUGUUCCUUUCAACGAUGCGACCUGCAGGUAGGAAAAUGGGUUGCUUCUGUAUAGAAGCAACUAGGGUUUCCUUGCCGACGAAACUGGGCAGAGAAACAGACCGCUUCAUUGAGAUGGAUUCGGAUGAAAAUAGGCUAGUUUUUUAUUUACCCAUGCUUAAUUCUUUACUAUCUUUACUAUGGUUGCUCAGAUUAUUCAAAGAAUCGCCCCAUCCGGACGAGAAGCAGAGGCAGCAGCUUAGUGAUAGACUAGGACUCGCUCCUCGGCAAGUCAAGUUCUGGUUUCAGAAUCGCCGGACGCAGAUCAAGGUGCGGUUCAGGAAACCCACACGCGUAGCUGUUUCUGCAUCAAUCUUAUCAAAAAACCCUAGAAUCGUGCAGUCUUCCCAUCCUUUUAAGAGGAGGGUUUCCCAUGCGUCUGCAGGCGAUGCAGGAGAGGCAUGAGAACUCCUUGAUGAAGUCGGAGAUGGAGAAGCUUCGGGAAGAGAACCGGAGCAUGAGGGAUACAAUCAAUAAAUCAUGCUGUCCCAAUUGUGGGUCUCUGACCUCUUACAGUGACCCGACGAGGACGACGGAGGACCAGCAACUGCGGAUCGAGAACGCAAAGCUCAGAGCUGAGGUGAGAUAAACUCUCACCUGCUCCCGUUAAUGGCGAUCUUCUUACAGCUUGUGGAAGUUUAUUUGAUUCCAUUUUCUGUAUACUCAGAUCGAGAAACUACGAGAAGUUAUAGGGAAGGUCCCGGGGGGAGCGACUGCAUCGUCAUGCUCUCCUGGUCAAGAACAAGAUAAUUCCUCCUCGGUGGAUUAUUACAGCGGGUUCCUCGGCGUUGACAAAUCCAAAAUCUUGGAGCUAGUUGAGCAGGCCAUGGAGGAGCUGACAAGAAUGGCCUCCGCGCGCGAACCAUUGUGGGUCAGAAGCUUAGAGAGCGGAAGAGAGAUACUGAACUACGACGAGUAUCUCAGAGAAUUCUCGCGGGGGGUCUCGAGCUGUCGCCAAGACAGGAGAUCCAUUGAGGCGUCCAGGGAAACAGGAGUCGUCAUCCUCGACGUCGGGAGGCUGGUGCAGUCGUUCAUCGACGUGGUAUGAGUUUCUGAUCCAUUUUUCUUCCAACUAUAAUAUAUCUCUCAUUAAACAUUGUAUAUUAUCUUCAAAUCAUACCAGCUUUCAUCGAAGUCUUUAUAUUCUUGUUUUAGACAAUUCAAUUAGUAGAAUUUAAUCUCGCUGGUCGACGUAACCAGCUUUCAAAUUGCAGGAGAUUGUUUAUUAAGUAAUAAACAAUCACACCGUGAUUGAAAUUCCCAAUGCCAACCCUUUGCGAUAAGCGGUAAUGUGGGCUCUUGAAUACACCCUGAAAAAUCCCACGCUAAAUCGAUCAAAGUUAACCCAUCUUAAUCUUGGUUACAUUGACAAAACGCAUAUUUCUAAGGCAAUGAUAUUGUGUGAGGCGUACUGUUUUGGCUAACAAGAUACAAGUCGACUAAGGGGGGCACCCAAAAAUGAAAAUUUUCCGUUUGAUAGGUAUGUACCUUCUAGCAAUUACUUAGUGUUAGACCACUUCACCCCCCAACCCCUCUCUCUCUCUCUCUCCACUUUCCUUCUCUCAUCAACUCGGCCUCCUCUGCAGAACCAAUGGAAGGAGAUGUUUCCUUGCAUGAUUUCCAAGGCCGCCACCGUAGACAUCAUUUCCAGCGGCGAGGGGGAGAACGGGAAUGGCCUCGUGCAACUGGUAAUCUGUUCCCGUCUUCGGAAGAAGAAAAAACAUUCUUCGAUGUGUUCGUCCGAUGAUCUUGACCCACCGAAGGCGUCGUGCAGAUGUUUGCAGAGCUCCAAAUGAUGACGCCCAUGAUACCGACGAGAGAAAUCUAUUUCGUCAGAUACUGCAGACAGCACAACCCCGAGACAUGGGCUGUGGUGGACGUCUCCCUCGGCGCAGGAGAGGAUAGAAUCGGGUCUUCCCUCCUCAAGUGCAGAAGGCUCCCCUCCGGCUGCAUCAUAGAGGACAAGGCCAGCGGCCACUGCAAGGUGAUGACGCUUCUCUCCUCUUCUUUUCCUUAGAUUACCACAUCCACAGGUGGUACUUACGGUGGGUUUGGGGUUGUCCCUUUCCCAGGUGACCUGGGUGGAGCAUACAGAGUGCCAGAGAGGCCCCGUCCACAGCAUCUACCGGCCGGUCGUCAAUUCCGGCGUGGCCUUCGGUGCGUGGCACUGGAUGGCGACGCUGCAGCUGCAUUGCGAGCGGCUGGUCUUCUCCAUGGCCACCAACGUUCCUACGAAGGACUCUUCCGGUAACCCAUUGAGCCGACCAGAUAGUUUCUUCCACGACUGAAGCGCCCCCCGCCCCCGGAUGGCUGACCUGGUCUUGUCUCGGUUUCCGCAGGGGUGUCUACGCUUGCCGGUAGGAAGAGUACUUUGAAGCUGGCGCAGCGUAUGGCCUUCUCCUUUUGCAAGGCCGUCGGCGCGUCCAGCCUCCACACCUGGACAAGGAUGCCGACGAAGAACGGCGACGACAUGAGGAUCACGUCCAGGAAGAACUUGAGCGAUCCUGGGGAGCCUGGGGGUUUGAUCCUGUGUGCGGUUUCCUCUGUCUGGCUUCCGGUCCCCGCCAGCGCCCUGUUCGACUUCCUGCGGGACGACGCCCGGAGAAGUGAGGUGGGCAUUCGACAGGCGUCUGGUCUUACUCUUCAUCCCUAUUGAGCUCCGAGAUUAACUUUCAGUUUGAUGACCUAAUUCUGCGAACCAGUGGGACAUGCUACCCACGGGAGGCAGCAUCCACACCGUCGCGAGCAUAGCGAAGGGCCAAGAUCGCGGCAACUCGGUGGUUCUCCAAGUAAGCUUCAAGCACCCCUCUUUCUCCACUAACCUGUCCCUCGUCGUUAACAAGCUACGUUAAGCGUAGUCUCUGACCCCGGAGAGGUGCUGCAAGCUCAGGCGGUGAAAGCGGGGGACAGCCGCGACAUCUGGUUCCUCCAGGACAGCUCCACAAACUCCUACGAGUCCAUGGUGGUCUACGCGCCGGUGGACGUCCCCACCAUGCAGUCAGUGAUGAGCGGGUGCGACUCCGGCGACGUCGCGGUACUCCCUUCGGGGUUCUCGAUUCUCCCCGAUGGGCUCGACGCUAGCACACCGGUGAUAUCGAACACGCCGGAGGCGAAGCCCGCGGAGAGCGGCGGCUCGCUGGUGACUGUGGCUUUCCAGCUCCUCGCCGACACUUCGCCUGCGGCGAAACUGACGAUGGAGUCGGUGGAGGCCGUGAGCUCCCUCAUCUCCUCCACCAUACACAAUAUCAAGAAGGCUAUGCGAUGCGAAGACGGCUGA